AUGUCAGGAAGCCCAAUUCCACAGCUGGUAAACAUAUCGCAUGCCCUACAAUCGGCGUUUGUACAGAAACUGCGCUCGGAAGUGAAGACGUUCACGGACAGUGUUCGGCUGUCUGAUGAGCAGACGCAAAAGAUUGACGAGUACAUUAUUUCGCUAGAGAGUGCCUUUGCAGAAUUCACGCGGGACAAUGAACACAUUGAACGUAGGGACGCCCAUGUUACCGCAGCAGACGAACAACUUUAUAGUGGGCUGAAAACAAUGUACGCAGACUACCUGUCUCAACUCGUGAAGCUGAAAGAGCGCAGUGUAAACCAGGAGGAGCGUGUUGGGGGUGAUAGACCUGUCGAAUACGUCUGCGACGAACUACCUUACAAGCAACCCAACGAGCGGAAGUUGUACGUAGAUCAGCUGCUGAAGGAUUCAUCAGUGGCCGGUAAGCUAGCGAGAAACAACAAAUUCCUAGAAGGCAUUGUAAAUCUGUCGGUGCUGGACUCCACGGUGCCCGAUAAUGUGCAAUGCUACCUUGCUAUAUUGCGCAAAGUAGGCUAUUCCGACCAGGAGAUCGCGCGCCGUAUGCCGCACGCUGGUGGGCAAGGCGACAAUGACAACAGGGGAAAUGGUACUCUCGGCUUCACAUCAAUAACGAAUGUUGAGCAAGUGCAGCAAUCCAACUCAGACCUCAAGACCAAACUCAUAAGCUCAGUACCCGAGGAACCCAAGAAGAAAAUAUCGUUUUCCAAGUAUCUGAAAAAGGGUGACGUUGUAAACGAAGCGCCCAAGCGCCCGCUCGAGAACGCAGAAAAUGGCAGCGCCCUCGUCAAGCCUGCUGUUAAGCGAGCUAAACUUGAAAGUAACAGUUCGAGCCCCACCCUUGCAUCAAUACUCAAGACUGAGAACAACAAGAAAAAAAGGAACCCCAUACGUUUUGUCGAUGACGAGAAGUUGUUGACGGUCUAUGGCGAUGAACUGCCCUCUAAGGGUCUCAUUGUAUCACCUAGUAAAUUAAGAAAAGUUUUGAAGCCUUUCAGAGACGGAGAACCUAGAGAGAUAACGUACUCCGCGUGGAACAACCAAAAACUACUAGAGCUCUCGUUUCCAGAACCUGAAGAAGGCUCUGAUAUCGUGGACAUUAAAGGAGGGCUGGUACCGUGCGAAACGCGCGCCGCACCGGCAUAUCGACUCACUUUUACGUCCUUCAGUAAAACGCUCACAAAGGUGCCCUUGGAGCCCGCAGAGUACGACGACGCAGAUUCUAGCCUAUCACAGAAACCCUUAAUCGUGCGCGCAUUUGGUAAGAAUUGUUUACUACUACAGAAAGACCGUGGAGGAAUUCCUUAUAAGAGGGUACCAGAAGUGCAUGCGAAUGAGUACCCCGUAAGGCCAAUUUCAAACUGA